UCACCGCGGGAGCCAGCAUGUCGACUGCGGUCCUGGAGAGCUCGGGCCUGACCAGGAAACUCUCCGACUUCGGCCAGGAAACAAGUUACAUUGAAAACAACUCCAAUCAAAAUGGUGCCAUAUCACUGAUUUUCUCACUCAAACAAGAAGUCGGAGCACUGGCCAAAGUCUUGCGUCUAUUUGAGGAGAAUGACAUAAACCUAACCCACAUCGAAUCCAGACCUUCGCGGUUAAAGAAAGAUGAGUAUGAAUUCUUCACCAAUCUGGAUAAAAGCAACCUGCCUACUCUGGCCAACAUCAUCAAGAUCUUGAAGUACGAGAUCGGUGCCACUGUGCACGAGCUUUCCCGCGAGAAGAAGAAAGACACAGUGCCCUGGUUCCCAAGGACCAUUCAAGAGCUGGACAGAUUUGCCAACCAGAUUCUCAGCUAUGGGGCGGAACUGGAUGCCGACCACCCGGGUUUCAAAGAUCCCGUGUACCGAGCACGACGGAAGUACUUUGCUGACAUCGCCUACAACUACCGACAUGGGCAGCCCAUCCCUCGAGUGGAGUACACGGAGGAGGAAAGGAAGACAUGGGGCACAGUGUUCAGGACCCUGAAGUCCCUGUAUAAGACCCACGCUUGCUACGAGCACAACCACAUCUUCCCGCUUCUGGAAAAGUACUGUGGCUUCCGCGAAGACAACAUCCCCCAGCUGGAGGACGUUUCUCAGUUUCUGCAGAGUUGCACUGGCUUCCGCCUCCGACCUGUGGCUGGCCUGCUCUCCUCUCGGGAUUUCCUGGGUGGCCUGGCCUUCCGGGUCUUCCACUGUACCCAGUACAUCAGACAUGGGUCCAAGCCCAUGUAUACACCCGAACCUGACAUCUGCCACGAGCUGCUGGGACACGUGCCCUUGUUUUCAGAUCGCAGCUUUGCCCAGUUUUCCCAGGAAAUUGGCCUCGCCUCCUUGGGUGCACCGGAUGAUUACAUUGAGAAACUCGCCACAAUUUACUGGUUCACUGUGGAGUUUGGGCUCUGCAAACAAGGAGGCUCCAUAAAGGCAUAUGGUGCUGGGCUCCUGUCGUCCUUCGGUGAAUUACAGUACUGCUUGUCGGACAAGCCGACUCUCCUCCCGCUGGAUCUGGAGAAGACAGCCAUCCAGGAGUACACGAUCACAGAGUUCCAGUCCCUGUACUAUGUGGCUGAGAGUUUUAACGAUGCCAAGGAGAAAGUCAGGAACUUUGCUGCUACAAUCCCGCGGCCCUUCUCAGUUCGUUAUGACCCAUACACCCAAAGGAUUGAGGUCUUGGACAGUGCCCAGCAACUGGAGAUUUUGGCUGACUCCAUCAACAGUGAAGUUGGAAUCCUUUGCAGUGCCCUCCAGAAAAUAAAGUGA